GUGAUCUGCCGGUCCCGCGGCUUCGGCUCUGGGUCCAUCUAAGCCGGAGUCCUGUCUCUGGCUGACGGCGGCCAGCAGUGGAGGCUGCAGAGCCUAGCACAAUACCCCUGCCAUAGCCAGUUGCAAGCGUCCAGCCCAGCGGGGUCUGGGGCCAGGUUCAGAGUUGUCUCCUCCCGGGCCGAGCAGGGCCCGUGGAGAUAGGAGCGCGGACACCACAUGCCCCAGCGCUGGGCCGCAGCUCAGUCCGGACAGUGCUGGGCUCCCGUGUAGCUCGGGCAGCGCCUGGGGGCUGCCGGCUGGGGCCGAUACACGGCAACCGCCUCGUACAGUAACGGGCUGGACGCAGGGUCAGCCCGGCCGGGGCGCGGUUGGAGGGAGAGGUGUUCCCUGUGUUACCCCCGUGUAGCUCCCCCCGGGGGCCGGGCACCACUCCCUGCCCCGUUCCAGGCCGGCCCUUCCUGAAGCCGGAACGUUCCUCCCGCGGCCCGGCGCGCCGGUCGGACGAGUUGCAACGCACCGAGCGGGGGCUGGUUCCGAGAGUUUGCCCCGGGGAGCUCGAGCUCGGUCCUGGCAGUAUUGUAAGUAAGCAGUUUUGGACAGACCGACAGACAUGGAUGACGAGCCUGAAAGAACCAAACGCUGGGAAGGGGGUUAUGAAAGAACAUGGGAGGUUCUCAAAGAAGAUGAAUCUGGGUCACUGAAAGCAACUAUAGAGGACAUUCUUUUUAAGGCAAAGAGAAAAAGAAUCUUUGAACACCAUGGGCAAGUUAGACUUGGAAUGAUGCGUCACCUUUAUGUGGUGGUAGAUGGAUCAAGAACUAUGGAGGACCAAGAUUUAAAACCUAACAGGCUUACGUGUACCUUAAAGUUAUUGGAAUAUUUUGUUGAAGAAUACUUUGACCAGAAUCCUAUUAGUCAGAUUGGUAUAAUUGUAACUAAGAGUAAAAGAGCUGAAAAGCUGACAGAACUUUCAGGAAACCCAAGAAAGCAUACAACUGCUCUGAAGAAAGCUGUAGAUCUGACCUGCCAUGGAGAACCAUCUCUGUAUAACUCUUUAAAUUUGGCCAUGCAGACUUUAAAGCACAUGCCAGGACAUACAAGCAGAGAGGUUUUGAUUAUCUUCAGUAGCCUGACAACGUGUGAUCCAUCUAAUAUCUAUGAUCUAAUUAAGUGUUUAAAGGCAGUUAAGAUCAGAGUAUCUGUCAUCGGCCUAUCUGCUGAAGUUCGAGUUUGUACUGUACUUGCCCGAGAAACGGGUGGAACAUACCAUGUAAUUUUAGAUGAAAGCCACUAUAAGGAGCUGCUGAUGCAUCAUAUUAGCCCUCCACCUGCCAGUUCAAGUUCUGAAUGCUCCCUUAUUCGAAUGGGUUUUCCUCAGCAUACCAUUGCAUCUCUCUCUGAUCAGGAUGCUAAACCAUCAUUUAGCAUGGCGCACUUGGAAAACAACAGUGAUCCAGGUCUCACGUUGGGUGGAUAUUUCUGUCCCCAGUGUAGGGCCAAAUACUGUGAACUCCCUGUGGAAUGCAAAAUCUGUGGUCUUACAUUAGUCUCUGCACCCCAUCUAGCUCGAUCUUACCAUCACCUGUUUCCUUUGGAUGCCUUUCAAGAAGUUACACUGGAAGAAUAUAAAGGAGAACGCUAUUGUCAAGGCUGCCAAGGGGAGAUUAAAGAUCAACAUGUUUACAUUUGUAAAGUCUGCCAGAAUGUAUUUUGUGUGGAAUGUGACUUAUUUGUUCAUGAUUCUCUGCACUGCUGUCCUGGCUGCAUUCACAAGCAUCCUACUCCUCCAUGCAUAUGAUACCAGGUGUUCAUAGAGAUUGUCCUACCGGUUUCAUUCUUGCACAAAGAGUCAAAUUAGAAGAAAUACCUAGGUGAAUGCAGUAACAGUGAAGAUUUGCUAGGGGAACAAACAACUUUUAGUUAAUGUAUAGAAUUGGAGUAUUUAAAUUCUCAUGGUUAAUGUUUAUAAAAAUAUCUACAUCUGAUGUAUUUCCCUCACUUGUUUUGUAAACCUUUGACUUAUUCAAGAGUCAUUCUAAAUAAAUGUGUAAAUUGUGUGGAAGAGUGAUAAAAAUGAAUUUGUAUGCUAACAGUGAUUCAUAUUUGUUUCAUAACUUGUUACAAAAACCCUAACAAAUAUUUUUAUACUUAGAUUUUUUUCUACAGUAAUUUAAAAAUAUUAUCCCCAGGGUAGAAAAACAUGUUUAUUAGAAGAACUUAUCUAAGUACUUUGUGGCAGACUAGCAGGAUAAACUUUCUAAAUCAAACAGAGAAAUGCAGGGCUGGAAGGGACAUCAAAUAGUCAUCUAGUCCAUCCUCCCAUCUUGAGGCAGGGUUAAGUGUACCUAUGCCAUCCCUGACACUUUUGUCUAACCUGUUCUCAAAAACCUCCAAGAAGGGGUAUUCCACAACCUUCCUAAGUAACCUGUGCCAGAGCUUAACUAUUCUUAUAGUUAGAAUAAUAUCCAACCUAAAUCUCCUUUGCUGCAAACUAAGCUGAUUACUACUUCUCCUAUCCUUGGUGGAUAUGAGGGAAUAAAUUGAUCUUAUACAAGACAACCUUUUAUGUAUUUGAAGAGUUAUCAAGUCUAUUUAGUUUAGACUAAAUGUGCUUGCAACCACUCCCAGUUUAGCAUCAGCCACAAAUUUUAUAAGCAUACUCUCCACUCCAACCAAUUCAUUAGAAAAUAGUAAGAUGUACCAGACUGUUCAAGGAUCUCACUUAACAUGUCCUCCCAGGUUGAAAUCUACUCAUGAAAAAUGAGUAGUUUUGAAUUGGUCCAAUGACAAGUCAUUUUGAUGUUUCAAUAGAUGUAUUAAGUCAAUAUGGACUGUAAAAGUUUUGCUUAACAUUUAAAAACUUGUUUAUAAAACUCUAAUAGAAGGGGGGGGGAAAUAAGCAGUACAUUUUAAUUAAGUGACCUCCCUUAUUCUCAGAAAUGUGAGCUGCAGCCUUUUUGUCAGUGUGAGAUGUUACAUCUAACCUAAAGGAAAUAAAUAAGGGUUAAGAGAA